GCGGAUAAGUCUGUUUCGUAAGAACACGAAGUGCUGUUUUGCUCUUAAUUUAAGCACGAAACGUGAUCUCGCUGUUUUAUUUUUCCUGUUUUGGGUACUAUUAUGCAAAUAGGACGAUUAGGGAAAAUAGGAAUCGGCUGGGGCAUAAUUACAGUGCUUGGAAUCGCAGGUUUCGUUUAUUCAAAGCGUUCGGUUGAUAAGAAUCGAUAUGAGAAUAUGAAAAUACGUGAACGCAUGCGAAAAUCCAACGAAGGAGAAUAUACUGCUGAGUCCCCCAGACGAGUCUAAGUGGAAGCAGGUCGCAUUUUCCUAUUUUAAAACCGCAAACAAAAUAUUUGUUCUUGAAAGUGAGAAGAAAUCAAUAACAUUACAACAAAAUGAACACCGCACAAUUGGAUGCCGCUCAACAGGCGAAGUUACAGUUAAUGCAAGAAAUGGAAAUUGAAAUGAUGUCCGAUCUCUAUACCCGUAUGACUCAAGCUUGUCACAAAAAAUGCAUCCCUCCAAAAUACGCCGAUGCAGAACUUGG